UAGGCCACGGUUUGUCUGCCUGCGUGUGAUUUGUAUUUGCUUAUGUCGUUCUCGAGGAUACCAGAACUAGAGCAGGAACAGCAAACGAAUUAGAUCUAGAUCUAGGCUCUACCUUCGUCUCGCCUCGUCAGUGAACCAGCCCUCUGGAAUCGCCUAAUAUAUUUUUGGAUGCCUUGACCGUUCGUGACACAACUGGAAGAGCAUGGAACAGAAAGUGAUCGUGUUGGGCGCUGGGGUGAUUGGUCUCUCCAGUGCAGUGUGCAUCAAACAGGCGUUCCCUCAUGUCGACGUGGAGAUCGUGGCAGAGAAGUUCACCCCGCACACCUUAUCUGAUGGGUCCGGAGGCUUCUGGGAACCGUACGCUCUGGGGAAAACUGAUCCUGGUUUGAUCAGAGAUAUGAGUCAAGAAACGCACACCUACCUCAAACGCUUGGCUUACUCUGCUGAGGCAGGCGAGGCUGGUGCCAAUGCUCUCUCUGGCUACAGCUUGUAUACCAGUGUUGUGAAGACCUUGGAGCCUUUCCACGACGUGGUAGAUGGUUAUCGAAUGCUAACUCCGGAGGAGGUGAUGAUGUUCCCACAAGCUCAGUCUGGAUACUUCCAUACAACCCUGCAACUAGACGUUGCAACAUAUCUCCCAUGGCUGACGAAGAAGUUUAAGAGCAUGGGUGGCAAGCUCAGAUGUGCAAAAGUACUUUCCCUUGAUGAGUUUCGUGGUCAGUGCAGUGUGGUUGUCAACUGCUGUGGUAUCGGAGCAAAGGAGCUGCUGAAUGACGACGACAUCAUACCAGUCAAAGGCCAAGUUAUGAGAGUUCGGGCUCCUUGGCUGAAGCAUUUCUACAUUCUGAAGCCAGCUGAGGGCUUUGACUUGGCCUAUAUUCUUCCCGGGGCAAAAAAUGUGGUCAUUGGGGGUACAGCAGAAAAGGGAAACUGGAGCACAGAGCCUAAACCUGACGUUGCAGACAAAAUCUGGAAAGCGGCCACUGACUUUCUUCCCAUGUUGAAGAAAGCCGAGAUAAUACGUUCAUGGGCAGACCUGCGCCCUGUGAGAUCCAGAUUGAGGCUUGAGAGGGAGGAGAUAUCCAGUUCAGGAAACCUUUUAAAGGUGGUUCACAACUACGGCCAUGGUGGUUCUGGUGUCACUUUGCACUGGGGGUGUGCACUCCGGGCCACAGAGAUGGUGAGGCAGGAACUGCUCAACUCUGGCUCUUGUGCAAAGGCAAAGCUGUGAAAGUCCUAAUUUAUUAUGAUCAUUCUUCCUGGAUCAUGGAUGGCCAGUGCUUCCUUUGAUUCGGCUUUGGUACCCACCCCCG